AUAAAAUUAUUCGGAUUGAAUCUGAUUCAGAGAUCCUCCUACUUACCUUCUGAUUGAUCUGUCUGCUGACAAAGCAGAAAAGAGAGAGAGACAGAAGAAAGGGUUGUCAUGUUUCUCGUGUUUGUAGUCUCUUUCAUAACCACUGUUUGAAUGGAUUCUCACCAAUAGCAAAAAACAAGCAACUUUUGGCGGUUUUGGGUUUUAUAAGAAUCAUUUCUCUUUAUUAUUCUCUAUAUGUGUUCUUGCAGAAAGUAGCUGGAACUAAUAUAGAGAUUUCGAUCUUUACUCGCUGGAGGAGCGUGGGUGUGACUGUACAACAGUUGGUCUGGAGUGCCUUUUUAAUAUAAUCAGGGCCCUGAGAAUGGGGUCCUGUUUAUCUGCUGAGAGCAUGAGUCCUAGACCGGGCUCUCCUUGCUCUCCUGGUUUUGGUGUCAGGAAGAGGAAGAGCUCUAAAAAGAAACUUGGCUCCAGAAACUCAUCCUUUGAUUCAAGGAGAGAUGAUCCUUUGCAUCGAGUUCCCGGUCGUAUGUACUUGAAUGGAUCAAGUGAGGCUGCUUGUAUCUUCACUCAACAAGGCAAGAAAGGCCCUAAUCAAGAUGCCAUGGUUGUUUGGGAGAGUUUUGGUUCAAGGACAGAUACAGUCUUCUGUGGAGUGUUUGAUGGGCAUGGACCAUAUGGUCAUAUGGUUGCUAAGAGAGUCAGAGACAAUCUUCCUCUCAAAUUAAGUGCUUUUUGGGAAGCAAAAGUACCAGUUGAGGAUGCUCUAAAACCUGUCACCAGUGUUAAUAGUGCAAGCAGCAUCAACAACUCUGAAGAUGUUGCUGCUACGGCUUCUUUUGUAUCUGCUGAGGAAGAACCUAGGCCAGAGAACUCAGAACCUGAAUUGUUUCAAACUCUGAAAGAGGCGUUUCUUAAGGCUUUUAAAGUUGUGGACAGAGAACUUAAGUUCCAUGGAAGUGUUGACUGUUUCUGCAGUGGUACAACAGCUGUGACUUUGAUCAAACAGGGUGAGUAUCUCGUAGUUGCAAAUGUUGGGGACUCUAGAGCUGUGAUGGGCACAAGAGAUGGUGAGAAUGGCCUUGUUGCUGUUCAACUAACUGUGGAUCUCAAACCAAAUCUACCAGCUGAGGAAGAGAGAAUAAAAAAGUGUCGUGGACGUGUGUUUGCUCUUAGAGAUGAACCUGAAGUUUGUAGAGUUUGGCUGCCAAACUGUGACUCACCUGGACUUGCAAUGGCACGUGCUUUCGGAGACUUUUGUCUUAAAGAUUUUGGUCUAAUCUCUGUUCCUGAGGUUUCAUUUCGCCGAUUAACUGACAACGAUGAGUUCAUAGUGUUGGCGACAGAUGGGAUUUGGGAUGUUCUUACCAAUGAAGAAGUAGUAAGGAUUGUAGCUUCAGCACCAUCACGUGCCUCGGCAGCAAAAGCUUUAGUUGAGACUGCGGUUAGAGCUUGGAGACACAAAUACCCUACCUCCAAAGUCGAUGACUGUGCUGCUGUUUGCUUGUAUCUAAACUCCAACGACUCAAACGCCAUAUCCACAGCUUCUUCCUUCUCCAAAUUUGAGGAUGAAGAUGAACUAAAAACACCUACUGAGAUUGAUGAUGGAUCAGGACCAAGCGGUCUAGGCCGGUCGAGUACUGUCAGGACAGGGAAAGAGAUUGCUAUCGAUGAAAGUGAAGCUGAGAAGCUGAUAAAAGAAGAGGAUACAGAACAUGGAAUAGAGUAUUCUGCACUAGAAGGUGUUGCAAGAGUGAAUACACUUUUAAACUUACCAAGGUUUGUGCCUGGAAAGUGAAGAAGUUGAGUUUGCGCAAGAACAUCAUCAAAUAAAUCACUCAAGAGAGGUUCUAUGUUUUUUUUUUCCCACCUUUCUACAUUGAUCUCUUAUUCUUUCUUUCUUUUUUUUGUUAUCUGUUAGAGAUUCAUUGUUUUGGGAACUAAAAAUACUUUUGUCAGUUUUGUCUUUUGUUUAUGUUUUUAGUUCUUGUUGAUGUCAUUAAAGAAGAGUGAAAAACACAUCACAAUAAUGUAAUAAUGGCUUAAUUUUUGUUUAAAACAAAUGAGAAUCAGAUCCUUU